CAGCCCUUCAGUGCCACCCCACGUGCCGGGCCGUGGAGGUGUGUGCGCGGCUGCUGUGAGCUACAAAGGGCCAGGAGACAGAGAGGGAGAGGAGGGACCCUGUGCAGCUCCCUUAUACCCUCCCCCAGCAGCCAAGAACAGACACAACCCAUCCAGCCUCAUUGCUGGCAGGAGCGCCUCUCUGAUCCCCCACCCCACACCCCUCCCCCUCUCCCCUCCAGCCUGAUCACACUAAGGAAUGAUGAAAAAAAAUAAUUCUGCAAAAAGGGGGCCACAGGAUGGAAACCAGCAAUCCAUGCAGCCAGAGAAGGUCGGCUGGGUUCGGAAAUUUUGCGGGAAAGGCAUUUUUAGGGAAAUCUGGAAAAACCGUUAUGUGGUUUUGAAGGGAGAUCAGCUUUAUAUCUCAGAGAAAGAGGUCAAAGAUGAAAAAAACAUCCAGGAAGUGUUUGACCUGAGUGAUUAUGAGAAAUGUGAAGAGCUCAGGAAGUCCAAAAGCAGAAGCAAAAAGAACCACAGCAAGUUCAUGCUAGCACACUCCAAACAGCCUGGAAACACGGCACCCAGUCUGAUCUUCCUGGCCGUCAGUCCGGAAGAGAAAGAGUCCUGGAUCAACGCCCUCAACUCCGCCAUCACCAGAGCCAAAAACCGCAUCUUAGAUGAGGUGACUGUUGAGGAGGACAGCUAUCUCGCCCAUCCGACCCGUGACAGAGCGAAAAUCCAGCACUCCAGACGGCCUCCGACACGGGGACACUUGAUGGCUGUGGCAUCUACCUCAACGUCGGAUGGCAUGCUGACACUGGACCUCAUCCAAGAGGAAGACACCUCUCCCGAGGAUCAUGGGACCUGUGAAGAGAGCUUCCGGGUAGACCUGGAUAAAUCCGUGGCGCACCUCACUGCCAGCCGGCGCCGGUCGGAUUCGGAGAACGUCAAGUCCUUGGAGAAAGGCCGGUCAGUGAGCCUACCGAGACGGGAGGCGAUCUCGUGGGACAAAACUGGGAAACGCAACGAUGCCUUCGAGAAAGGGACCAUGUACACCCCGCAGGUCCCCAAAAAGCUCUCGCACUCAGAAAAGAACAAAUGUGCCUCCAUGGAGGAGAUUUUGUCUCGCCGGGACUCUUCUGCGCACCGGGCAGUGCUGAGGAAGGGGCUGGAGGCUCAGUUUGCUUCGGGUGAGCCAGAGCAGCUGGCCCGGAUACAGGAACUGGUUGCACUGAAACUGGAAAAAACUCAGGAACUGCUGGCGGAGGUGAAGGGCUAUGGGGAAGGGAAGCGAAAGACAAAAGAUUUUGACGCGGCUGCCACCACCACCUCUUCCUCUUCCAAGUCAGACUCUGAGAGCAUCUUGCAGGAGACAGAGAGGUUGCUGGGCGAGGCCUCCUCAACCUGGAGCCAGGCCAAGAAGGUGUUACAGGAGAUUAAAGAGCUGAGGGACCUGUACAAACAGUUAGAAUUGCAACCGUCAGACCCUAAACCCAAACAGAUCUCACAGUCUCAGUACAGGAAGAGCAUGAUGUGAAGGCGUGCUUCAGGGUGGGGUGGUGGUGAUUUCUUUUUAUUAUUAUUUACAGUGUUUGAAACAGUACAACGUACCUGUUCUCAUCAAAACUUGCUCCUCAAGCUUCAUCCCUUCCCCUCCCCAGAUCUCCCCCUCACCCCCCGUCCCCAGAUGAAACAGAAGGUGUUCCAAUAAAUCAGUUUGGAUUCCUACUUUUUUUCCAAGUAUCCUUUCUCUGCGUUCUUGGGUUGCUCAUGUCAUGCUUGCAGCAUGGAAGAUCACCAAGACCUGGAAAGCUCCCAGCACACUUGUGGAGACAUACGCACAGCAGCACGGGUAGAUAUUCUUCCUCUAUAGAAGCCCUGGGUUUGCUGCUCUGAACCCAGAGCUGUGGUUCUGUGUCCUGCGUUACAGCUCUUUGAUCAAGAGCAUUGGCAACUUGGUUUAUGUUUUUCCUCCUCUUUAAAAAAAAAGAGUCAGCACGUGGAGGUCCCCGUUAUCCAAAAACUGUUUGGAAGAUGUUUGCCAGUGACAUCCAAGCCAGGGUUGGAAUUCCGCUGUCAGAACGAGGAGAUUCCCAGCCUGGAAUGCAGUCUGACAUGUCGUGAGGCAUCGGGCGCUCCUUCCUGGAUUGCAGUUAACAGGGCUCUUCCCUGGCGUUGUUCCUGCACUGAUCCCAAACCCUCUUUUGCAAACUCCUGUGGCAGGCAGCUGUUAAUACAUGUGGUACAUAUACAGCCUUCCGUACGGAGGCAACAGGUAUGCAAUCUGUGUUAAAACUAACCCUGUCUGUCAGCCGACAGCCGAUACUUCGGAGACACCCCCUGGCCUGGUGCAAUGAGAUUUAGCAACCACAAUGUCUUCCUUCUUGUGCAGAUGAUCAAAGCCUGGAGUCCAACGGGCAGUCAUUAUUUGUUUUUUGUUGUUCUUUCCUUCAUUUAGGCUGGAGUGAAAUGGAAAGUCAGGGUUUGGCACUGAGGGCAACAGAAAAGCUGAGAAUUGCCGUUGGUUUAAUGGGACUGAUUCUGCUCUCGCUCACACUCCGUUUACACAAUCGAGCCUCACACAAUUGUCUCUUAGCUGACAUUGACAUGAGGUCAGUAUCAGGCCCACUGAAACUCAAACGGAUUCCAAAUUACAGCUCAGAUAUCCUCGCCUCGCCGAUGUCUAGCACUUUUCUAAAUAGGUGGCUCAGCUUUCAUGCACUUAGGCAGCAGGACAAGAGGGAAAUAGGCAAAGAUUUCUCUCAGGGCUUAAAGUACACUGGCAAAUUAACAUCAGUUGUUUUUUCCAAGAAAUCUAAUUUCCUUGCCUAUGUUGCAAAGAACCCUUGAGAAUAUUAAAAACAACUGAGUUUUAAAUGACUAAUUUCCUUUUCACUGUUUACAUUUUGUACCUCUCACAUAUUUGAAAUGAGAUGAGUUAUGUUGACGUCUGCGUCUGGUCAGUUUCACUCAUGUUGCCAGCUAAGGCUGUGAUGUUUGGGUUGCAAAUGCUGCAAGGAAAUGUUGAUCUGUGUUUUUUAAAAGCUCCCACCAGCUGGAAUUAAAUAACAUUGGUGGCAAUAUUUCUAUUGGCCCGAGCUUCUUUAACAGCUGGUUGUUUGCAAAGCUUAAAUUUGGGGCUCAAUUUCAUCUGACAAUGUCCCUUUAAGUUAUUCAUAUCUAUUUUCAAAACCUGUCCUUCAAAUGGCAGAUGAAUCUCUGGUUCAUUUCAGUUCUUAUCACAAAGUCACACAGUCAUGCUGUCAUGAUAGAAGUGGGGAGAUUUGGCUUUUACAGAAUUUACAAGUAUCCUUUUCUUGAUUUAUGUUUUUUAAACACGUUGGACCACUCAACGGGUGCAUUUUUACAGUCAGUGGAAUCAAAUUUCAUCCCUCAAAUAACUAACAAACAAACAAACAAAAAACAGACACCUAAGCCAUUCUGACAGUGCCCUGUCGGUUUGGAAGCAGGUUUGUCCUACAAUGAAAACUCACAUGUCACAUAGUAGUUAGAGCUGGGCAAUAUUUUGCAACGGAUUCUAAGCUUGGGACCAGGUUUUGCCAAGCUUCAUCAACCUUCCCGCUAACCUAGGGUGGACUUCUGGGCAAAUGGGGGCAGGUGGAGUUAUGAUUUGUGGACAAAACCAUUCCGUAUGGUUUUGACCCCCGAAUUGGGCAGCUGUGGGUUUGGUUCAACCCAAAACUCCUGUGAUACAAACCCGGUGAAGUGAAUUCAAAAAAGAAACUAUCACACCAGUGCCCCUGAAAACCAAAACAGGCAAGUUUCAUACAGCUCUAGCCACGGCAUUUAUGUCCGGACACCGUGAUUCUGCAUCAGCACAAAGUCAUGAUGUGAUGCUGUGAGAUCACGGUCUCCUCAUCAUGCCACAGUGACAUUGCUCUUACCCUGGAGCAUCCCAAAAAGUAGGGAUGCAAAAAUUACCCAAUCAAAAAAUGGGAUGAGUGGCAACUCAAAGGAAUUGGAAUCCUCCCCAUCCAAUCAAAUUCCUAAAGUCCCCCCUGGCCAUGACCUCAGAGGGGCUGUUGGAGGUGGAAGGGGAAGAGGUACGAAGGGCCACCUCCCACUCCUUGCUUCUGCGCCUGGGUCAUGAACAUCGCCAUGGUUUUGACUUUUCUGUGCCUUGGGCUCCUCCAAAAUGCCAAUAACAAAGGGGUUAUUUUUGAGGUGCUCAUUCCCCUUCUAUGUCCCACCUCCAUCUCUCCUUCUCCCUCCCUGGUCGAUGAGCCUAGAGAGCACUUGGCUCUUACAAUCCCAUGCUGUGGCACAAAGAGAGGUCCCAAAGCUGGCCAGCCCUGUCCCACUCCUUUGGCCUUUCCCCUACCCAGCAGCGUUGCCAGAGAAUUUGGUAAGACAGCACAUUUGCAUUAUCAUUUAUGAUUUGUAGAGCGGGCUGGAAAAUUUUCAAUGGAAUGUUUUUCCUUUGGAAACCAAAACUUCCCAUGGGAACAUGUCUAUUUUGAUAAAAUUUUGUUUCUGGGGGAAAAAAGUGAGGGGGAAAACAAAAGUUUUGAUGAGUUAAAAACAUUUUGUUUUGACAUUUUCAGAAUGAAACACAUCAGUAUUUAGUUUUGAAAUUUAUAUUAUAAAAAUGUAAACACAUUUUAAAAUGCCAUCACUGAAACAAGAGCGACAAGGUGGGUGAGGUGGUAUCUUUUAUUGGACCAACUUCUGUUGGUGAGAGAGAGAAGCUUUUGCGCUUACACAGAGCUCUAAAACAUUUCAAUUGGCCCCAAACCAAAACUGUUUCAGAAAUGUCAUUUUCUGGAAAAUUCUGAAAUUCUUUGGUUUUGUUCUAGCUGGUAACUAUGCAAAUUUAGAGAUCACCAAAUUUCCUGCAAAACAGAAAUUCCAGUUCCCACGCAGCUCUGGUCAGGUGUCAGGACUCACUGUGUGAGAUGCGGUACAUUUUUAUUGCUGGUUGGUCUAUUACAGUAGCGCCUAAGAGUCCCAGUCAUGGGUCAAGUCCCAUGGUGCUAGGUGCUGUACAAACACAAGACAAAGAGACACACCUUGCCCCCAACAUGGGACAUAAUUCUUCCUCCAUUCACUUUUAAUCUUUUAUUUUAUUUUAAAUUUCACCAAAUGUUCCCCAUUUGUCAAUCCCUUUUGUGGGAUUACAGAGAAAAGUCAAAUACAAGAGAGAGUGGCAUGUGUGGGGAAAACAUGCCAAUCAGUUUAGCACUGUUACCUUCCUUCCCGAGCACAUCUUCCCAAGUUAAAAACAGCAUGAGGAGUUGAGGUGGGGAAGGGAGAUAAUGUGUGGGAGGAAUGUUCGGGAUGACUAGGGGUCUGCGGAGGGAGGAGGGGGAUAAAGAAACCAAUGGCUGUGAUCUCCCUUCCCUUGCACUUUGUGCAGUCAUUUGUGUCAAUGCAAAGCGGGUGCAUUUUAUACCCGUUAUGCGCUGAUACAAUUGACUGAACAAGGGGCAGGGCAAACAGAAAACCCGGCCCCACAUCCUGUGUGUCUUUGAUUCAUCUGAUCUUUCACAGCAAGUUGCAAUUUUUGGUUUCAAACCUUCUGUGCAUCAAGAAACAAAAAAUUGAGCCAGUUUCACUGAUGCUCCAUAGUCAGAUCUUUUCAAUCCAGCUGUGCAUGUUGGGAAGCAGCAUGGCCUAGUGGAUAGAACAUUGGACUGGGACUCAGGAGAUCUGCAUCCUACUCCCAGAUCUGCUGCUGGGUGAGCUUGGGCUAGUCACUCUCUGCCUCAGUUUCUCCAGCUGUGAAAUGGGGGAAAAGAUACUGACCUUCUCUGUAAACCACUUGGAGAUCUACUGAUGAAAAGUGCUCUGUAAGAGCUACAUAUCAUGAUGCUAUGACUAGCUGCUCUCGGGUUUAUAAGGCAUUGCACAUUACUGUGGAACGUUUGUAUUGGUAUUAGGUUUUCUGGUUCUGGAGCGAUUGCAUGGACAUUGUUUUCAUUGUACAGCUAAGGGACUGUCUGACCAAGGUUGCCAGUGGCAGAUGGCCCUCAGAGCAAGCCUGCAUGCUCAUUUCUCUGUUAUACUGUAUCCCAUGCUCCUGAGGUCAAAUUCCAGUCCUGCACUUCAUGCCACAUCAAUGCCAUGGGCAAACUACGGGACCAAGGGCUACAAAUGGGUUUGCAGCUGAAGGACUGUAACUCCCAAAAGACAAACCCAACAAUCGUCCAGGGAAGGGAAUCAUUCUCCUGUUCUCACUGAACUGCCACUGAAAUCAGUGCAAACUAUUCUGGGGGUAUGUCGGAAGAAUAGGGAACCUCAGAGUUUUUCCCCCCACCUUCCUCUGUAGCAUGGUUCGCCUGCAGGGAUCAUCCAUAUAUCUCAGCUAAUCAAUUCCCUGCCAUUGCAGAAGCUUGGGGUAGUGGGGGCACUUUGGUCCCACUCAUUCUCUGCCUGUGGUGCAGUUCCGUUUCCUGCAGACUGGAAUGUUUUGGUCUAACUAAAAUCUUUGGGAGCAGCACAAGAGUAACUGGGUGAAAUGUGAUAUACAAGAGGUCAGACUAGAUGAUCUAUCUGAUGGUCCUUCUGGCCUUAAACUCAAGGAGCCUAUGAAAUAGGAGGGUGAGGAAAUAUGGCUUAAGCUCCCCUGUUCAAAUGGCAUUUUGUGACUCCCACGACCCAAAAUGUACGGUGAAUAACGUGGUGGCCGUGGUGCCUGGUUCUCCAUUGCCUGCACCGUGUGUGAUUCACCCCUGUGCCAAGUGGGUGUAUAAUGCUACCGAAUCAGAACAACAGUGUUUGCACCCACUUUACACUGGUCUAAAUGGGGUGCAGGAUGAUUGGGGGAAAAAAAUCAAGCUUGGGGGCUUCAAAGCUAGUUUUUCACUCAGGGCGGUAUGCCCAUCUGUCAGCUCUGCGCUCAGCCAGCGGAGACGAGCUUGUGUUUAGCUUAAGCUAAAAAGACAGAGCAGCAGGCUCAGCUUUAAAACUCCACGGUGGUUUUAUUUAAUUAAUUAACUUCGUUAAAAAAAUGGGUCCAGAAUUGCCCCCGGCACCGGGCAGCCACAUAUUCAUGGCUCUAAUUACCAGCAAAUUUUCAUUAACACUGAAAAAAAGGGGUCAUGAACAAAGCAGCAUGGAAAACGCUACGUGAAGGGGUCUUUUAUAUCCUUGCUCCCCACCCACUAAGAUCAAUUCAAGGGGAGAAUAUGCCCAGAAGCGAAUCACUAUUUUUUUUUUGCAUGCCUCUUAAAUCUUUUACUGCUAGCUCCUUGAUUCUCACUGCACCUGCCAAAACCCAAUCAUACUGCAAUGAAAUCAUUGCUAUAUAUGGCAGGCACUGCUGGUUCCCCCGGCUGCGCCUCCUGGGUUUGGCAGGUGGAGGGCACCUGUAUGUACCUGGGCAUUCAGCACAGUGGGUGGGUUCUCCCUGAAAAUAGCAAGGUGGCUAGGUAUAGUCAAAGGGUUAAAAAGAAAUGGGUAUUCAAUGUUUUUAUUAAGUUUGAUUUAAAAAACGAGAUCCAUUUUGCAUAGAGCCCUUCAUGCCAGCCCUGAGCUGGCUAAAAUGGCAUAGCCCACGAAGGAGAGCACUUGACAGGAGCACCGCCAAACCACAGCAAAUGUCUAUGGCUCCCAUGAGCACAGCAGUGCAGCGACACACCAGGGAGCGGAGGCAUCUGGAGGGUUGGUUUGGAACUGGGGCAAAUGCAGUCCCUGAAAAAUCUCACACCCUGAGCACUACACUUAGGUUAACCUCACCCCCAGUGUAGAAGCAGCUGAGUCGACAGAAGAAUUCUGCCAUCUGGUGAAAUCCAUGUCUUUUUGCGUAUAUUUUUAUGUUGGAAAAAAGAAUCACAGAUGCUAAGAUUGUUUUUGGCACAAUGCCACGGUCUUUCGUUGUUCUAGUUUUAUGUGGGCCGAUGACUGUUUCCCAACCUCUUCUUUCACUUGUGAUCUGGGCAUUAAAAUCUCCCAUAACCAGGACAAGAUCGUGGUUUGGUGUUUCUUUCAUUACAUUGUUUAGUUCUGCAUAGAAUCGCUCUUUGUCCUCUUCAUCUGCAUUGUUUGUUGGAACAUAUGCCUGGACUAUGGUGCACUUAAUGUGUCAAGAGUGGAAUCUAGCUGCCAGUAGCUUAUCUGAUAUUGGCUGCCAAUUCAUAAGUGAUUUCCUUCAGCACUAUUCCUGAUGAUUCCUACACCUCUCUCAUGUUUGGUUCCACCUGAAUAUAACAUUGUUUUUUCUCCAGAUGUUAUCAUACUUUGAUCUUUCCAUCUAACUUCACAAAGUACUAAGAUGUCAAUUUUAUAUCUAUCCAUUUCUUUGAUUACCUGUGCUAAUUUUCCUGCACUAUUCAGAGUUUGUACAUUCCAGGUAGCUAUGGAUGUACUCUUUUUGGCCAUCAGAAUUUGGACCACCGAGUGGAUGACUUCCCAAUGGAUUUGAUCAUCCACUGUCAACACUUUCCAUCCUCCUCAGGCCGUGAUUUUUGGUUUUUGUGGUUUAUGUGAGUAGUUUCUGUAGCUAGAACUUUUUUUUUAUGGUGACGGGAAGCCGUCCCAUCGAUCAACUCUCCUACUUUUUGAUCCAGGCUUGGAAACCUCCUCCUUUUUCAUCUGGGCUUGGGACUGGCACUGGCAGAGUUGUAUUAUAUAUAAACAAAAAGUUGUUUCAGACUGAAAUAUUGAAUUUUUUCAUUCCAAACAUGUCAAAACAGGAUGUUUUGCUAUUUUUCCCACCCGCUUUCCCCUCCCAAAAUGAAAUUCCAGAAAAAUCAAUCCCAUUUUGUGGGAACCUCCUAUUCCCGUGGAAUAUGGUUCUAUCAGAAUUGGUCUGCCCAGCUCUCCAUCUGGCUGUUCCUCUGUUUACAUCUCCCCUAGCUCUCUGCAGAACUACUCUAUCUCACAUUUCCCCUUUGCAGUACGGCAGCUACUGGUCACCAAACCACCCACUCCCCAGCUAGUCUCGUUCUCUGCUCAAAGCUUAAAAAAACCAAACCACCAGAGACUACUGUACUCUUCAGCAAUGAAAAUCACCAGACCACGGUGCUUUCCUGUGCAGCGCAGCUGAGAAGAGUGUCAUGGCAGAGCAGUGACUCUUAAGCUCUGUUCUGGUGCAGCUCACUUUGAAAUCUUACCCCCAGCCUCCAUUCCACCAGCGUGUUCGUUGGGUCACGAGAGAAGGCAUUAAGUGGGCAAGGUGGACUUAAAAGCUGGGACUGUUGCCUGCAUCUUGUUGCUACUGUCUAAGAGAAUUGACUCAGUAGCUAGCGGGCUGGACUAGGAGUCUGAAACCUUAGUUCUAUUCCUGGCUUUGCUGCUGCAUGACCUUGGGCCAGUCACGUCACUGCUGUGCCUCUGUUCCCCUCUCCCACCCUGUGCAAAAAGAUCACUGUAAACCUGACUCUCCUUGGUAAAGAGGGUUGAAAGCUGCUGUGAAGAGCGAGGGAUUACUGACGUAUAUGACCAAGGGCCUAAAGGCCCCAACCCAGAUCAGGCCCCCAUUGUGCCUGGUGCUGCUCAGACACAGAUAGUUCCUGCUCCAAAGAACCCCCGGUGUGAACAGACAAGGGGUGGGAUGGGGAAACUGAGGCACAAAGAGGGGUUUAUACCACCCCUGUUCAGUAGAGGUCUACAUGGCAUGGAGAUGAAAACACCAGUACACUAGUGCUGACACCACUGAUGCUAGAGCAACAGUGGGAGAUUUUUUAAGGGCUAGUGUAGACGAGGCUCUAUUGUGGUUUUGUAUCUAGUGGGUUUCACUGAGUUUAGCAAUAAACCAGACCUGGGCUUGUCUAAAACUUGUCCCUCCGGCUGGCUUCAUAUUCUGCCCCGAUCUCACCUGAAACCCAGCCCUACUGGCCUUGUUCAGAAGGUCUUAACUUCAACAAACCUGACUCAGGUUCAGGACUCGUAACAAAACCCAAAAUCUAGGAUGUCCUCACACAGCCAUGCCUGUGGUGCUCUCAGAGAACUGCCUGUCCUUAAACCAGUACCCUAGGAAUGAUUCUGGUUUGCCUAAAUCUCCUACUCUGUGCUGUCUAUCCUUUUAUUUCAGAGAAUCGCUCCCUGUAUUCCUUUUUCAGGGAAAUAUCCCCCCCCCCAACUCCUAAACACUCACAUCCCUCCAAAAAAAUCCCUCUUAAACCCAGUGGAGUACAGAUACAUCCCUGUUUUGGCCUCUCCAAAUGUCUCUGUCUAGUGGGAAUGAACAAACACAAAUACCCCAGAGCCAGUAAACAAGAUGCCAACUUUUCUCCUUCCUCUGCCAGCAGACUGGGCCCCUCUGAUUCUUGCAGACUCGUAUUCCUAGCAAUCUUGGUGGAGGAUUAUUUAUUUAUUUUUGUUUAACUCUCUCAAUGGUAGUGUUGGACACUGCCAGUCUAGGCAGGCACCAGACCCAUAAGUGAUUUGUUUAGCUUUCUGCCCAUAUGCGCCUCCUCCUCUGCUAAACUGACAUUGAAUUUCAAUUUUCAAACUGAGGAAUAAGUGAUGGUCCCAUUCCCCCUCCCAAUAAACAUUGACUGGCUCUCCAGAGGACUGGGAGAUGGUUGUAGCUGAGCUGCAGGAAACCACAGUAGAACAAAAGGCUGCUGGAGGAACAGAACAUAGGGACAAGGAUGAUUAUGAUACAAAUGGGGUGGGGGAGCCACUGGGGGUGAGAGAGAAGAGCUUUUGGAGAAGGCAAUAGGACUCUUUAAAAACAACGAAACGAGAAUACAAAUAAGCACCAGCGCCAGAGGAGAAGUGGGAUAAUCUCUUGACAGGAGGCACAUGGAUCCAAGCUGGUUUGAGAAGGGAAGAGAAAGCGAAGGUGUCAUUUCAUGGUUAGAGAAACAGAGGGAAACUGAGUGCAGUGGGCAAAGCCAGUGCUGGGCUAAGAGUAUAUUCCAAGCAGCGGAGACACCCGCACACAGAUCUAUUAGGGCAAGGCCCAAGGGCUAAGUUUGGUCCCAUUGCAGCAGUCCACCCCUAGUCAGCAAUUCACUCUCAGAUGCUUUGCUGGAUAGGGAUGUGCUUAAGCACCUGCUUAAGUAUUUUACUGAACCAGGCCCCUCAAAUGGAACCCACAGCUACUCCCGCCAGGCUAUCCCAGGAAAGCCAGGACAAUGCUGAUUGGCCAGUAGUUAUGUCACAGAGUGUGGGGGCGUCAGGGCCCUGCACUCCCCACUUCCUGCGAUUCACCGUGACUCUCAGCCAGCCAGUAAAACAGAAGGUUUAUUAGAUGACAGGAACACAGUCCAAAACGGAGCUUGUAGGUACAGGCAACAGGACCCCCCUCAGUCACGUCCAUCUUGUAGACCCCAGCCCUGGGGCUCCCUCUGUUUCCCCAGCCAGCUCCAAACUGACACUCUCCAGCCCCUCCUC